AGAGUAGACCCACAUAAUUGAGACUUUUUGGGUCCCACACUGGAACAACACCAAUCCAAUCCAAUUCAAUCCAAGUUGUUAUGUUAUGUUAUGUUAACGAUCCAUUUCUGAUCGUUGAAGCUUUCUUUGGCAAGAUCUGCCAUCCCUCUCUCUCUCUCUCUCUCUCUCUCAUUUUCUAAUUCACAAGAGACGCGUGCUCAUUAACUUCUGUUUUUCAUUUUUUUUUUCUCUUUGUCUACACAUUGAGAUUUUAGAGAAUGUUCCUCUAAUUCAACAGAGAUCUACAGAGUUUUCUUGCGCAGCCCAAGCAGGAUGAGCGAUUAAGAAAUGGGGAAAAAAGGGGGUUGGUUCUCUGCUUUCAGGAAAGCUCUCAGUCCUAAGAAAUCCAAAUCAAAGAAGCAAGAGAAGGAUCCAGAUCUAGUUGUUUCUUCAUAUGAAGAAACUGCAUUAGCUGCUCCUGUGCCUCCUCCUCCUCCACCUCCCCCAUUACCUCCUCCACCUCGCCCUGCAGAAGAUGUUAAAUUAACUGAAGCUGAGAGUGAGCAGAGCAAGCAUGCAUACUCUGUGGCACUUGCCACCGCUGUGGCUGCUGAGGCAGCUGUUGCUGCUGCCCAAGCUGCUGCUGAGGUUGUUCGGCUUACUAGUACGGCAUGUUACUGUGGAAAAUCAAGAGAGGAAGUAGCAGCUAUUAAGAUUCAAACGGCAUUUAGAGGAUACUUGGCAAGGAGGGCAUUGCGAGCUUUAAGAGGGUUGGUGAGAUUGAAGACAUUGAUACAAGGCCAAUCUGUCCAACGGCAAGCGGCUAACACGCUGCGGGCAAUGCAGACUCUUGCUCGUGUGCAGUCUCAGAUUCGUGCAAGAAGGGCCAGAAUGUCAGAGGAGAACCAGGCCCUCCAACGGCAGCUCCAACAAAAACGUGAAAAAGAGCUUGAGAAGUUGAGAUCUGCUAUUGGAGAACAGUGGGAUGAUAGUGCUCAGUCAAAGGAGCAAGUUGAAGCAAGCAUAUUGCACAAGCAAGAAGCAGCAAUGAGGCGAGAAAGGGCAUUGGCUUACGCGUUCUCUCAUCAGCAAGCGUGGAAGAACUCUUCAAAAUCAGCAAAUGCAACAUUUAUGGAUCCAAAUAAUCCUCAUUGGGGUUGGAGUUGGUUAGAAAGAUGGAUGGCAGCCCGACCUUGGGAGAGCCGUAGUACAGUAGACAAUAAUGACCGAGCUUCUGUUAAAAGCACAAUGAGCCGUGCCUUAUCUAUUGGGGAAAUCAGCAGGGCUUACUCUCGACGUGAUCUCGACCAUGAUAAGCCUUCACCUGGUGCCCAAAAGUCUACUCGACUUCCCAGCCGUCAAUCCCCUUCAACCCCCCCAUCCAAAGCACCUUCGACCUCAUCAGUAACAGGGAAAAUCAAGCCACCAAGUCCAAGAGGUAGUGCUUGGGGUGGGGAUGAUGACUCAAGGAGCUUGUUCAGUGUCCAGUCUGAGCGCUAUCGGAGGCACAGCAUAGCCGGAUCAUCAGUGCGAGAUGAUGAAAGCCUUGCUAGCUCGCCAUCAGUACCAAGUUACAUGGCACCCACACAGUCAGCAAAGGCGAAAUCUCGCUUGCCAAGCCCAUUGGGGGUAGAUAAGGAUGGCACACCAGAUAAGGCAUCAGUGGCAUCCGCAAAGAAACGGCUUUCGUUCUCUGGUUCACCAGCUGGAUUAAGGAGGCAUUCUGGUCCUCCUAGAGUGAAUUCCAGUAUCAUGAACAACAUUGAAAUGCACAUAGAAGAGCAAGUUAACAAAGGAGAAAGCGGCAGGUAGCACAGGGGGACAGGCAUAGAAAUUUCAUUAUAGGUAUUAAUGAGAAAAAGAUUUCAAAAGAACAAAUAAACUAUCAGUUCAGACCUUGAUACCUGCAUCCAUUUUCUUCAGCAACUACUCCUUUUUAGAAGCUUGGAGGGGGAAAAAGAGGGAAUAAAACUGUUUUUUUUUUUUUUAUCACCACCACCAACACAUCACCUUUUCAUUCAUCUAAACAAAAUGUAUUUGUUAUGUAUUAUGUAGUAGGAUUCUGUUGAGGAUGAUAACCAUUUGAUUUGUUUAGUCGUAGAGUUCUGAGUUUGGCUUUUCCACUGUGUUACCCUGUUGAAUUUGUGAAGAAAACUUCCUGUAGUGUUUUCAUAAAGAUUUUCCUUCCACAGUGAUUUACAUUUACUGAAUGAAGUUCAUUUGUUUUGUUCUU